CACUUAUGGGAAUCUAGUGACGUCACGGCGUAAGGAAAGUGAACAAAGAUGCGGCUAGUCGAUAAUUUCAUGAAAAAAUCCUAGUAUUCGUUUGAAUUUCUUAGAAGCGAUUACGCCAGAUGAAAGUAAAAUAACCCUAGAACAAUUUAGAAUGUCAGUUUUUGUGUGCAAUAAUUGCCAAUCCGAGAUUUCCGGCCAUGGAAUAAAAUGCAUCGAGUGCCCCGAUAUCGACCUUUGUUUACAGUGUUUCUCCUUGGGUGCUGAAGUAGGAAACCACAAGAGAGAUCAUCAGUACAAUAUUUCUGAAUCGGUUUUGAAAUUGUUACAGACUGGUCCAAUUAUUGGUGCAUUCAACUGCGAGGUACCAUGGACACUUGCAGAAGAAACUAUGCUUUUAGAUGCUGUAGAACAGUAUGGAUUUGGAAAUUGGGAGGAUGUGGCAAACCAUGUUGAGAGUAAAAGUCCAGAACAAAGUGAAUACCACUAUAGUUUAUACUUUAUCAAGGGCAAUAUAGGAAAAGUGACGUUCUUGACAGACCCUACUCCUAAAGUGACAGAUCAUACUUGUCCAGAUGGGCCUCUCUCCCCCAGUAUAUCCACCCCUAUCAGUCCUAUAGAGUUGUCAAUACAAGAGCAACAUGCCCUAGGUUAUAUGCCACUUAGAGAUGACUUUGAACGGGAACAUGAUAAUGAGGCAGAGACACUAGUCAGUAGUCUGAUGAUCAAUUAUGAUGAUGAUGACUUAGAUAUUGCUGUAAAAUUAGCUCAGGUAGAAAGAUAUAGACUCAGAUUAAAAGAGCGGGACAGAAGAAAACAAUUUGCACGUGAACAUGGUCUCAUAACUUCAGCCGCCCAGGCAGCGGCCAUCGCUGCUGCCGCACUUCCAGGAGCUAAACUUGCCAAACUACCCUCCAUUAAAUCACCACAGGUUAAAAAAGAAAAAGAGAAGGAAAAAGAAAAGAAAUUAAGUAAAGAAGACAGAGAAUUCCAGGAGAAAAUGAAACCUUUUGCUCAGUGUCAUUCUUGUAAAGAACAUGAAGACUUCCUAGAAAACCAUCAAAAAGAAAGAGAGCUCAAAAACCGAAUCAAAGACUUGUUCCACUGCCGGAAGAAUGGUAUCACGAAAUUAGAGGAAGUUGAAAAGUUUGAAGAAGGAAAGAUUGAAAAAGAAGAGAAAAAGAAAGAAUCGAAAUUAAAAAAGCUUGGCAGUAUUUCCCAAGGAAAACGACUUUUAAUGGCUUCAAAAAAUGUCGCAGACGAAGAAAAACUAGAUAUACUCAUCGACGAAAGCGGAUCAAAAGAUGACGAAGAUUUAACUGAGACAAAGGAGAUGUCAAAAUGUCCUGGCUAUGACCUCCUCUCAGGAAGAGAAAGAAAGUUGUGUAACACAAUAGGUAUGACUCCUGCCAACUACAUGACUGUAAAAACUUGUAUUGUGAAGGACUACCUACAUCGGCGGAACGGUUAUCCAGUAAAGAUACGUUAUCCUAGUGGUAUGGACAAGACACAUCGUCGGAGAAUCAUGAGCUUCCUAGCUGAUAAUGGUUGGAUAGGGCUUACCUGAUAUAAGUUCCAUAGCAAAUCUGUGAUAUUUAUAUAUACAACACUUCCAAUAUUGUGAUAUAUGCAAAUAUAUGGAGAGGUCUUAAAAACAGAGAAAAGAAGUUGGUUCAAGAAGGAAAAAGGAAUUAAGUUAAAAUGGGCAUUCAACCAAGGGUAGAUAAUUUGAUGGAAAUAUGAUUGUUUUAGAUAUCAGUUGUUUUUCUGCAUGUUGUAUGCAAUGUAUGGAGAUAUGGAGAGAUUGUGUAGGAUUAUGUUCUAAUGGUGAUGGACUGUGUUGUUAGGGCAAUUUAUUAUUGACAUUUCAGGUUAUUUUUUGUUUCCUGUAAAUUAAAAGCAAAUUCAACCAGCUGCUGAGUUAUUGUAAAAUUCUGACAAAUAUUUUGAGAGUAUACAAUUUCCAACGUUUUUGUUAGAAUGGACAAAAAAAAAUUUUUUUUUAAGAUAGGUAAAUCAAUUUUAUUUUAUUAUUAUAUAAAUGUAAACUGGAGUUUUUAAAAGAAAUUGGUGAGGGUGGCAAACUUAAGAUCUAUUAUCCAUCACAACUGUUGAGUACGUAAAAUUGUAGGAAAAAAAGUAAUUCUCGUGCGAGGUGCAAGUUUGCAUCAGUUCUUGAAGUCUUUCUUCACUAGUAAAGUAGAAAAGUCAUCAAUAUUUGACCAGUUGAUGUCAGUAUGAAUGUAUACACAUCUAUAUUUAGGAUUUUCAAAUUUUACUGUAAUAAAAAGUGCUACUUAAAAAAGGGUCUACCGGUGGAUGAAAUUAAGACAUGGAUUAGUCCAUGCUACAAAACUGGUGAGAAUAUCACUUUUGAGAAAAUGUGAAAGAAAUUGUUGGAUAAUUACAGAAGAUGUCUGUUGAUGCAUUUGUUUAACAUGUUAUAUGUUACUUGAAAUGUUACUUGGAGUAUGUAAAUGUGUUCAGAUUGUACGUAAUUAAGUACAAGAUUGCUGAAGGCUUGACAAAAUAAGGGCAUUUGUUGUAAUAUGUUUGUUUUAGCCAUAAAGAGAUUUUUGUGUUCAGAUUUUUAUCAUUGAUGUAUAAAAAGGCAUUUACAUUAA